AUGGACAACUUGGCAGCACAUGGUCUUGCUGGCUUUGUUGAAAGCUUUUCUCUCCAUGAGGAACCACUUAUUUCAGACUUCAAAAUCAGGUGUCCUGCUCUUUUCAAAACAGAAGAGAUUUGUGCAGAAUUUGAGAGAAUUACAACAAUUCCAUUGGCAUCAAUGUUCUUUUCCAAGCUGGAUGGAUACUCCGGAAAGCUGAUGAAGAUCUUUGCAAACAGAGGAGGAGUAAUUGGACAACAAAUGAAACACUUCUUGGUGCCCACUACACAGACUGAUGACAUCGAAGUGAAGAGAGAGUGUAUAAUCAAAGCUCUUUGUGCCUACCUAAAUGAAGAACCUACCAGACUGUUUCAGGAGUGUUUUGAUACAGACAAUGCCACUGCACGGGAGGCGAUCCAGGAGACUGUGAUGGGGAUUUAUGUCACACGGCUUGAAGGUGCAGAAAUGGAAGAUAGCCUAGGAGAUGUUGGAGUGGUGUUGGAGGGGCAUAAGGUUCUUCAAAACCUAUGCAGUGUCCCAUAUGCAGCAGCCAUGUUAAUGGGACUAAUAUAUGGACUAAAUCUAAGCUACCCUUCUGAAUUGAGGUACACUUUCGAAGCACUUCAAAAGUUGAUCUUGUAGCUUGAUGGCAAUAAGUUGUCAAACAAAGUGCAAACACUAAAGAGCAAGCUCUUCUGUGUUUAAGAACUGUUCCUUGGAUGCCAAAAUGUUAAUGUUGUGUGCAGGUCACUUGUUUAUGUACAUGUUUAAAAUUGUUACACUUUCAAGCUGCCUAUUUGGUGCUUAGUUCAUCUGUUAAUUUCCAUAAAAGAUUUCUAGUUCAUUUUAGCAGUGAUAUGGCAUUUAAUAAUUGUUAGACAUCGUUACACACACUACCAUCUGGACAUUUUGGUUGCAUGUUGGAUUUCUUUUUUUUUACUUCUUGUAAAUGUAUUUUAUUUAAUUGUAGUUAUCUUGUUAGCUGAGUUAUUUUUUUUUGCAAAGUUAUUUUAGAUAAUCUUAUAUUUUGCAUAAGAAUUUUGCACAUGUUUAAAGACUAUUUAAUAUAUUGACUGAGCAGGCUGUUUAAAACACUGUUUAUUGCAAGUUUGGCAAAUACAGUUUUAUAAAUUGUUACAUAUCUUUGUGGGUUU